UCCACCUAACUCCGGAAAAAAUCAUGUCGUAAGUUGGACCAUAAAGAUUAUUGUGGAAAGGGGUAAAGCCAUUGAUCUCCUAAUUUUCGUUUCCUUGCGAAUGAUUUUGCUGUGCUUGUGAUGAAUUACCAGAUGUCUCCCAUGGAUCGGAGGCCUGCGCUGGCGGUGUCGCCACGGCGUCUCCGUUCCGGCCGGGCUCUGCACACCACUCCCUCUGUCCAAACCCCACCAUCCACUUCUAAAAAAACCGAGUUCUCCGGUCGCCCCUCCUCCGUGAAAUCACUGAUCCAGCCUGUCUAUCAGAUGAUCUCGUCAGAGUUGGUGGCACUGGCGGAAAGGGCCAAGGAAGAGUUUGGAUCCCAUGAUCAUGUGGGCACCACUCUUACUUCCUCCAUUACUUGCAGCAAUAGUCCUAUGUUUGAAAGAGGGAGAUAUUAUGAAGUUUACUCAGCUCGAAGGAACGAGAGGCUUAAGAGGAAGAAGGAGAUUGCCGAUCAGUCGAUUUCUCAAGACCCCGGUAUCGCCAUUGAACUGGCAAAGAGGAGGAACUCGAAGAAGGUUGAUGGCAUGCGGAAAUCUGUGCCAGCCAACUUCUCAUUGAGUCGUGUGAAUAGCUUGAGAUCCUCAGUGAGGAGCAGCAAGGAGAUGAAGAAGCCCUCUGCCUCGACAUAUUCUGAAAAGUCUGCUGCUACCGGGAAGAGGAUUGGAACUUGGUUGGCCCAAAAGGUGUGAAUUAGCAACAUAUAGGGUCUGUUUGUCCUCCUCGGUCUAUUGGGUUAUGAUCCUUAGCUGCAGCAAACUAGCUUUUGCUUGUAUUUCUUUCUGUUUCGCUCAUAGAUAUUGCUGAAAUUUAAUGAUGAGAUAUGAUUUUGUUGAUUUGAGAUUGUUUUUUCUUUUUUUCCUUCUUUUUCUUUUCCUCGACUUUGAAGAAAGAAGGAACUUAACCAUUUUUAGAUAUUUCUUGUUUCUCAUGAAAAUGUAUUUCAUCAUUGAAGUGUGUUAUGUUGGUCUAUU